CGGUGCUUUGGCGGCUCCGGGAGGGCUCCGGGGGCUUCGCUCGUGACGCGGCCCGGCCCUGCUCAGGGCUGAGAGGGGAGCCCCCCCCGCGGACACCCAGCCCCGCCGGUGCCACUCAGCCGUGUGUACAGACAUAACCCAGCGCUGCCCCGUAGGAUGAGUGAGAAGGGCAGCGGUCGUGAGACUGUAAAACUCCAUUUGCAAAAAUCUGCUACGUCAGGAGUGCUCGGAGCAGGAGGAGUUCGUCGCGUCGGCCUCGUCUGCGCUAGUGGUAACACCCAGGACCUGCCUCCGGCCCCUGGAGCCGCCCCGCCGGCCGCAGGGAAGGGACACGGGGGCCCCGGCCCCCCUGGCCGCCUAAAGUGCAGCAAAGGGACGUCAUGGCGAGCGCUUGGGGAGGGAGGUGGCGCUCCCAGGAUUUGCUGCUCCGAUGCCGAUGAGGAUCCAGUGCUCGGAGGAGGAUCCAACAUUCACAGGAUCCAGUUCUUAGAGGAUCCAAUUCUCCGAGGAGGAUCUGCUGCUUGGAGAAGAACCCAGCUCGAAGAGGAGGCUUUAGUGUUUGAAGGAUCCAACUCUCAGAGGACCCAGCUCUCAGAGGAUCCAUCUUGGAGGAGGAUGUGGCUCCUGGAGGAGGAUCUAGCACUGGGAUCUGGUGCCCAGAGGAUCCAGCUCUUGGAGGAUCCAGUUCUUGAAGGAUCCAGCUCUCAAAGGAGGAUUGGGCACUCAGAGGAUCCAGCUUUCGGAGGAUACAAUUCUUGGAGGACCCAGCUGUCAACGAAUCCAACUCUGGUAGCGCCUGGCUCUUGGAGGAGGAUCCAGUGCUCUCCCCACCGAUGCUGUCUCAGCGCCCUGGCUGGGCUGCCCCGUGUGCUGGAGCCGCUCUCAGCCCCCUGGGGACUCCAGGCCGUGCUGUGCGCCGUGCCGUGCUCCUCCCCGGCCGUCCCGCCCAGAUCUGGCUUCUCCCGCCAACGCCCAACCCCGUCUCCGCGUGGCUUGGCCCCGGUGCCGCUGGCUCUACCGGCUCUGCGAGGAUGA